ACAUUAGAAAAAAUCGAAUCAAACCCGGAUAACACCUAAACCAAAAAAAGAAGUAAAAAAAUAUUCCGACUGAAGGAUUCAUUCAUUCUCUCAAGAGUCCUCAGAUCGUGUUUGAUUCUCUCAAGAGCCAAGAGAGAAGGGAUCUCACAAGUAGGGGAGAAGAUAACUAGGGUAUGGCGGAGGAUCUGGUUCUAGAUACGGCGAUUAGAGAUUGGGUUCUGAUCCCUCUCUCUGUUGUGAUGGUUCUCAUCGGUAUCCUCCGAUACUUGGUCUCCAAGCUCAUGCGUUCUUCUCCAUCUCCUGAUGCUAAGAUGGUCAAAGAAGGUCAAGUCAUUAUCAGAGCUCGGAAUCUAAAAGCCGCCGCCAAUUUCAUCCCGUUGAGAUCAUUCCGCACUCGUAGACUCUACUUUAGCAACGAGGAGAAUGGUUUGCUACACGUUCCCAAGGGCCAAGCCACAAACCCUCAAGCUCAGAUGUUUUCUGAUCCUAACAUGGCCAUGGAUAUGAUGAAGAAGAACCUUUCCAUGAUUAUUCCCCAGACGCUCACUUUUGCAUGGGUCAACUUCUUCUUCUCUGGAUUUGUUGCAGCCAAAAUACCGUUCCCACUGACCCAGAGGUUCAGAUCAAUGUUACAAAAUGGCAUCGACUUGAGCACUGUCGAUGUUAGCUAUGUGAGUAGUCGUUCCUGGUACUUCUUGAACUUGUUUGGAUUAAGAGGCUUGUUCAGUCUCAUUCUCGGGGAUGAAAAUGCCAUUGAUGACACACAACGGAUGAUGCAAAUGGGUGGGUUUGGAUUUGAUGCAUCAAAGAGCUUGGGUGCGGAGAAAGAUGGUCUGGACAUAAUUCAGCACGAUUGGGCUCUACCUCGAUUCGAGCAGCGUGCAGAGUCCGUAUUGAGAAAACUCGUGAAGUAGAGACCAAUGACGAUAUAGUUUUCUGACACAAAACGUUGCGACAACUCUGUAGAAGCUUCGACAUAAAACCAAAUCUUCUGUUUUGCUUUUGCUUUUUCUUUUUUUAUAACUGUGAUCUCUGUAAAAUCUUCUUCGGAACAGUAUCCGGUUUAUUUUUGUACGGAUAGAUUUAGCGUGUGCUACAAAAUUGGAAUGGUUCGUUUAAGUUUGGAUAUUUGGAGAUGUUUUAGUAGGGCAACUUAA